GCAAACCUAGGAAAACAAACAUACGAUGAAAAUCAUGUCUAUAGAAAAUAGUCGGAGUAAGAUCUUCUGGUCUUCUUCAGCAUGUGUACAGCUUGUUUUAUCAGUGUUACUGGAUGUGGGACUCUGCCAAACCGGCGGAGUGGGUUCUAUAGUUUCUUCUGAUGUCUUCAACUCUAUAGUUGGAGAAGCUGACAGUGGGUGUGCAGGAAAAGGGUUUUAUAAUUAUGACUCCUUCAUUAAUGCUUCUAAUGCUUUCAAUGGCUUUGGGACGACUGGGUCUUCUGAUGUUAAUAAGAGAGAAGCUGCCGCCUUCUUUGCUAAUGCUGCCCAUGAGACUGGAGGGUUUUGCUUCAUCGAAGAGCAGAAUCCUACAAUGAUGUACUGUGAUCCCUCCAACACUCAGUAUCCCUGCACCGCCGGUAAGAGUUAUUAUGGCAGAGGCCCACUGCAGCUCUCAUGGAACUACAACUACGGAGCGGCAGGAAAAGACCUUCAAUUUGAUGGGCUGAACAAUCCAGAGAUGGUGGCCACUGAUCCAUCCAUCUCAUUUAAGACGGCGGUGUGGUUUUGGAUGGUGAACAGCCAAUGUCAUACAGCAAUCACUUCUGACCAAGGCUUUGGAGGCACCAUUAAAGCUAUUAACAGCAUGGAAUGCGGUGGUGGAAAUGCUACAGCUGUGAGCAGCAGAGUUAAUUACUUCCAGAAGUUCUGCCAGCAACUUAAUGUCGAUCCGGGAUCGAAUCUUCAAUGCUAAUUCGCCUUUAGUCCUUCACUAUUAUUAAUAUGUAGAAUAAGACAGCCAUGCCGGCAACCUCCAUCUCCAUACAUUAACUUUUACCGUACUUAUAAGUCGAAUAAGUGUUUCGAUUUCCUACUGAUAUAAAUAUUAUAGAUA